AGAGAAACAAGAUUUUUAAAUUACAUGGAGUGUUUAUUCCUCCUUUCUGUCUGUUCCUGGUUAUUUAAUUUCCCAGUUCCUCAGAGCGUUUAACUGUUUUACACGACCCACGGUGCCUCUCGGUUCACUGUUCCCACUGACACCAUCACCUUUGCAGGUUCUGUUUCCUGACCGCGGGCCGGAACCAUUGUACGCUCUCGGUGUUUCCCGACAGCGGAGUUCCGGGCACGGACCAUAGGAUGGCGGAUGUGGUUCGUUGGUGAGACAUCGGUUUAAAGUUAUCUCCGAGAGGCGGAGGGCGCGCGGCGGCGGCUUUGUGGCUGGAAUUAACCGAAAGCGGCGAAAAUGUCAAUGUCACAUCUUUAUGGGAAAGACCAGGAUGACGACGAGGUGGAGAUGGAGCGGUUCGAGAUUUCAGAUUGGGACUUGGAAAAUGAGUUCAACCCAGACCGCGUACGCCAUCGGCAGACAAAAGAGGAUGCUAUCUAUGGCAUGUGGGCUGAGAAUGACUCUGAUGACGAAAGGCCAAGCUUUGGGGGGAAACGUUCCAAAGAUUACAGUGCUCCAGUAAAUUUCAUCAGUGCUGGAAUCCGACGACCUGCAGCUGAGGAAAAUGAUGAAGAGAAGGAUUCUGAUGAUUCUGAAGAGGAGAAAGUGAAGCGAGAAGAUUUUCCAAAGGAAUUUGCCCCAAAGAAAUUGAAAACUGGUGGCUUUUUCAAAUCAAGUUCAAAAGGAUUCACAGGAGGACAUCGAACAAACCAGGAAAUUGGCACCUGGGAAAAACACACCAAAGGGAUCGGACAGAAGUUGCUGCAGAAGAUGGGAUAUGUCCCUGGCAGAGGUCUUGGGAAGAAUGCACAAGGAAUUGUGGCACCCAUUGAGGCAAAGAUGAGGAAGGGGAAAGGAGCAAUUGGUGCUUAUGGGUCUGAACGAACAGAGCAGUCACUGAAGGAUUUUCCUAUUGUUGACUCUGAUGAAGAAGCAGAAGAGGAGUUUCAGAAGGAGAUGAGUCAAUGGCGGAAAGAUCCUGCGGGUGGGAAGAAAAAGCCCAAGUACAGCUUCAAAACUGUUGAAGAGCUUAAAGCGAAAGGAGCAUCUGCCCUGGGCAAGAAAAUGGCUACACCACAGACAGAGCUGUCACAAGUCAAGGUUAUAGACAUGACAGGAAAGGAACAGAAAGUCUAUUACAGUUACAGCCAGAUGAACCAGAAGCAUGAUAUUCCUGAUGACACACAGUCUCCAGUUAAAGAUGCAAAAUCAGAGGGCUUUUCUCUUCCAGAGCUGGAACAUAAUCUGCAACUGCUCAUUGAAAUGACUGAGCAGGAAAUUAUCCAGAAUGACCGUCAGCUGCAGUAUGAGAGGGACAUGGUUGUUAAUCUCUCCCAUGAGAAUGAGAAGCUGUCUGAAAUCCUUGCCCAUGAGGAUAAGAUUAUAGACAAACUCAGCAGUAUCUUGCAGAUUGUAGAGGACUGCGAGAAGAGAUUACAGCCCAACUGUGAAAAUCCACUGACCCUGGAGGAGUGUGCAAAAAUUUUUGAAAUGCUGCAGGAGAAGUAUUUCGAGGAGUACAAGAUGUUUGACUUAGCAGAACUAUCCAUUGCUAUUGUAUUUCCACUGCUGAAAGAAUUCUUUAAGACAUGGAAUCCUUUGCAGGAUAACACGUAUGGUUUAGAGGUUAUGUCAAAAUGGAGGAAACUUCUAGAACGAGAUCAGCUGCAACAUGGAGGAUGUGAUAUGUUGUCAUUGGACCCUUACCACAGAUUAAUAUGGGAAGUCUGGAUGCCAUGUGUCCGCAAUGUUGUGUCCCAGUGGCUGCCCCGGAAUUGUGCUCCAAUGGUGGAUUUCUUGGAGAACUGGAUGCCUGCAGUGCCUCUCUGGAUAUUGGACAAUAUUCUUGAGCAACUGAUUUUUCCCAAGUUGCAGCGUGAGGUUGAGAACUGGAACCCACUGACUGACACAGUCCCAAUCCAUGCCUGGAUACAUCCCUGGCUUCCAUUGAUGCAGAUGCGUCUAGAGCCUCUGUAUUCACCGAUCCGCAACAAGCUUUCCAAUGCAUUACAGAAAUGGCAUCCCAGUGACUCAUCUGCAAAAUUGAUCCUUUUGCCGUGGAAAAAUGUGUUCACACCAGGAUCCUGGGAAGCCUUCAUGCUGAAAAACAUUGUUCCAAAGUUAGGAAUGUGUUUGACAGAGUUUGUGAUUAAUCCUCACCAACAACACAUGGACACAUUCCAUUGGGUGAUGGACUGGGAGGACAUGAUCUCAGCUUCCAGCCUCAUAGGAUUGCUUGAGAAAAACUUUUUCCCAAAAUGGUUACAGGUGCUAUGUUCUUGGCUGAGUAACAGUCCCAAUUAUGAAGAGGUCACUAAAUGGUAUUUGGGAUGGAAGUCCAUGUUUUCUGACCAGGUAUUGGCCCACCCCACAAUCAAGGAGAAGUUUAACGAAGCCCUGGACAUUAUGAACCGGGCAGUCACCUCCACAGUUGGUGGUUACAUGCAGCCAGGAGCUCGGGAAAACAUUGCCUACCUUACGCACACAGAGCGCCGGAGGGACUUUCAGUACGAGGCAAUGCAGGAGCGCCGUGAAGCAGAGAAUCUGGCACACCGUGGCAUUGGGGUCAGCUCUGCCUCCAUACCAAUGAACUUCAAGGACUUGAUCCAGGCAAAGGCCGAAGAGCACAAUAUUGUUUUCAUGCCCUUGAUGGGUAAACGCCACGAGGGCAAACAGCUCUACACCUUUGGUCGGAUAGUUAUUUAUAUUGACCGAGGGGUUGUGUUUGUACAGGGGGAGAAAACCUGGGUACCAACAUCACUUCAGAGUCUCAUUGACAUGGCUAAAUAAUAGGUAAACAGGAGCUGCAGCAAGUUGCUUCUCUGUCCUUGCUGUUGUACUGUUUCAUUCCUGUGACCGAAUUUAUACAAGACGAUUUCCAGCAGUUUAUUCAAGCUUAAGAUUGGUAAUGACUGGGGAAGAGACUUGCAGUGUGAAGAAAUCUUCACCAUACUUGGUUGGUCUGGUUCUUAGUGUUCAGAUGAAAUCCUUACUGAAUGACUGAUUCUGACAUUUGAUUCUUUGUGAGGUUCACAGUGUUCCCUGUGUAUUUUUUAAACAUAUAACACCUGUUUAUUUCAAUGUAUUUUAUUUAUGAGCAAUAAACCAAGAAUUCUGGUUUCAUAACCAUUUCAAUGUCAAUAUUUAAAUCACCAUAAAAUGAUCAGAUGUGAAACUGAUUAUGGAUCAAUCAGCCACAGUCUGUUAUUGUUGGAGGUAUAGAGUGAAGAAUUCUAUUAACAUGCACCACGAUACGCUCAUGACCAUCCCGUCCUAAUUUUGGUAACCAUGCUCACUACAACAACAUUGCUAUCUGUUGUUAUUAUUUGAGGAUAAACCUGUUCUGCUUUUCUGUAUUUGCUCUCCUAGGAUGUACACUUGAGACAGGAAUCAAUUAGCUGGAUAGUUAUGUCAAGCAACUGCAAGAUAGAUACUAGAAUUGUCUAUCUCUCACCAUUUCCAGUUGUCCUUUCCAGCAUUAUACAGAGAACAACUAGCCCUGUAUCAGGGUAAAGUAAUGUGCCAGCCAAGUGAGCAGUGUAAGCUGCAUUCCACUGCCAUCAGAAUCUUCUUACCCCACAGAUGGCUAGGAUCAAUUAUAGAGCCUUCAGUCUAUCCUGGUCACAGCGUAUAUUCCAAUGAAUUUCCACUUUCUAACCUAGAUAAAAUGUCUUUCCCCGAGGUGAGCAGCAAGUGAUUUACAUAUAGCUGGCAAUCUAUAAACUUUCAACAACAAUUGCAAUUAAUGUUUAAAUACUUACUUACAAUUAGCUAGCCAACAAAAAUAGGGCUAAAUUCAACACUUUAGCAGCAAAGUGAUGUGUUGUUCCCAAUGUAUGUAUUUUAAACCUCUACUGAAAUUUUUAACCAUCCUCUGACAAUGUGCAUGGUUUUUACAGGCAAUAGGAAUCUUCCAGAAAAAAGCUUGCCACAGUUGAUUUCCGGUGGUUCACGGUUCUUGGGAAAGAAUGAAUGAUAGGGUGUGAUAAUGUAUAGUUUGUAUUUUUUAUUGAUAUUUUUGUUUUUACCAGCCUUGUGUGUUUGUAAAUUUUUCUUCUGUCUGUGCAUUUGACUAUUUGCACAUUCAUUUUAAUGUCCUUUCAUUGUCUUUCUGACACUGUCAUCGAAUAAUUUUCUAUUAAACAGUAUGUAGAUCUUUUAAAUCCUAAA